AUGGACGACGGGGAUCUGGACGACAACAACGAAGACUACUCCGACGAGGAUGGGAGCAGUGAUGGGCUCGACGACAGCGAUGAACAGGACGACAGCGAUGAACAGGACGACAGCGAUGGGCAAGUGGAACACCAGCGAGGACGACAGCAGCCGAAACCCAGCAGGACGACAGCGCCAACCGAAGACCAGCAGGACGACAGCGGUAAGCAAGCCGAAGACCAACAGGACGACAGCGGUAAGCAAGCCGAAGACCAGCGAGACGACAGCAGCAGGACACCAGCAGGAGGACAGCGACGACAGCGACUCGGGGUCGAG